AUGCCGCCCCCAUUCCCGACCUCACAUCGCGGCAUGACCGCGAAUCCUGUCAGACCUGGCCGAUACCGACCCGGAAAGGCAGUCGCCGAGGAACCGUCGUCUUCAGAAGAGGAAGAGGACAACGAAGAGGAGCUCCGCGAACAGGAACGGAAGAGACUAGAAGAGCAAAAACGGAAGCAGAAAGCCGCGCCGAAAGCGACUUCGUUCCCCGGGGCUAAGACUGUGACGAAGGGGGUUAAGGAUGUUAAGAUUGAACAAGAGGAGGAUGAUGAGGAGGGGUUUGUGACGGAGGAAGAAGAGGAAGAGGAGGAGGACUCGAAGGGAGGCGUGCCGGUUUCAUCAGCUGAGCCUGUAAGGCAGGUCUCAAAACCGCAGAAGGAAGAAGAGGAGGAAUCAGAAUCAGAAGAGGAAAGUUCAGAAGAAGAAAGUAGCUCAGAAGAGGAAGCUCCCCGGCGCGUCCUUCUAAGACCUACAUUCAUCAAAAAAGACAAACGAGGCAACGGCCCAGCAGAAUCACAAGGUGGAGUUGGCACAGGCGCUGAUUCCAUAGCGGAAGCAGAGGCGCGGGCGGCCCUACGACAAGAAAAGGCAGACGCGCUGGUUCGCGAGCAGAUCGAGAAAGACGCCAUCGCACGUAGUUCAGCAAACAGGGCUUGGGAUGACGACGAGACAAUGGCCAACGAGGAGGCCGCUAUCGACGACACAGACGGGAAGGAUCCAGAGGCGGAACACGCAGCUUGGAAGCUCCGCGAGCUCAAGCGCAUCAAGCGCGAGCGUGAGGCGAUUGAGGAAGCAGAAAAAGAACGCGAGGAGAUCGAGCGCCGCAGGAACUUGACGGCCGAAGAGCGUGAACGGGAGGACCAGGAGUUCAUCGCGAAGCAGAAAGAGGAGCGCGACGCCACUCGUGGUCAGACCGGGUACAUGCAGCGAUACUUUCACAAGGGUGCGUUCUUCCGUCCGGAACUGGAAAAGGAGGGUCUCGACCAGAGAAAUGCUAUGGGUGCCCGGUUCGUCGACGAUGUCUCCCGGGAGACACUACCGCAGUACAUGCAAAUCCGUGAUAUGACAAAGCUAGGAAAGAAGGGUCGGACACGGUACAAGGAUCUUCGAUCGGAGGAUACUGGGCGCUUUGGAGAUGACUUCAGUAACAGACGUCGUCCAGAUGCUCCCAUUGGAAUCACGGAUGAGCGGUUCAUGCCUGAUCGUGGAGAUGACCGUCCUAAGGGUCCUACAGGUGCAAAUGCUUCUGCGAUGCGCGAGAGGCGCAGGUCACGGUCUCGAUCACGGUCCCCAAGACGGGACCGGAACCAUUCUUCAGAUAGACAUCGUCCUGAUACGAGCAGUCGCAGGAAGCGGAGCCCCUCACCUUACGAAGACCGAGACAAGCGGAGACGAAUGAGGAGCGUUUCUUAA